CACUGCGGCACUUGACAUCUUUUAGUCGCACAAGGGAAAGUAAAAAAUGUCGGAGGAAAAUAAGGAGGUAAAACCUGAAUCAGAACACAUUAACCUGAAAGUUAUGGGUCAGGACAACACAGAAGUACAUUUUAAGAUCAAGAAAACCACUCAAUUAAAAAAACUCAAGCAAGCAUACUGCGAUCGCCAGGGUGUCCCCCUAAAUUCACUUCGGUUUCUUUUCGAUGGUCAAAGAAUAAAUGAUGAUCAAACUCCUAAAGAUCUCGAAAUGGAAGAUGAUGAUGUUAUCGAAGUGUACCAGGAACAGACGGGAGGGCAAUGAAUUUUACCCCAUACUUGACAUCCACAUAAGUUUGUUUUGUUCUCUUGUAGCUCAAAUGGUAUCAUAUUACAACUUUUGUUCAGUAGCAACAACAUAGUUCAUUCUGGAUAAGCAAAAGGUUGCUUUUAUGAAUAAGACUUGGUGCAAAACCAGGAUUUUAUAUUUGUCUCCGCUUAUAUGCAUAGAGCAAUUGUUAAUCUAUGAUAAGUUUCAUUUCUUCCUGUGAAUAGUUUAAGAAUUUCUUUUUGUUUCAUUCCAUUUAGUUAGAUUUGACCUCUUUUAUAAUUUGUCAGUUAAGUGUGCAGUGCUUGUUUAUAAAUUCAACAGUUCAGUUCAUUAAAGAUGU